AUGCAUAUACUUCUGUGGUGGGUGAUUAUUCUGUUGUCAGAAAUCAAAUUGCAUGAUAUCCUAAAUACACUCACAGUGGGUAGUUGCUGGUAUGAAGUAGAGAAAUUUAAUUAUCCAAGAAGUCUGGGCCAUCCAUCCGAUGAUUUGUGUUUCUGCAUCUCGGUCUUCCAACAAAUCCCGGGCACACUUUUGGUGAAAGGAUCAUUGCAGCUUAAAGAAAGCCCAGUCUCAGGUAGUCACCUAUCUUUCUUGUCGAAGGGUGUGCUUUAAUUUAAACAGAGUUAAUUUAGCUGUUACAAUAGCACUCUAACUACCUUUAACUGC